AUGAAAGUUGUGAGAGAACAUGAUAUUGUCCUCUUGAAGCAUCGAAACAAUCCGAGUGCGCCAAUUGUCACUGGCAAGCUUCGUCCAGGUCGGAAAACCCAAAUCUCCUCGACCAAAUGGAAGGAUUCUGUUGAACAUGACAACAUCAUUGGAAGAGAAUUGCGAGAGGUAGUCGUGUCGAAGAAAGGCGUUGCAUAUCGGGUACUCGAACCAACUCUUGCCGAAUAUACAGACUCUACUCCGCGACUUGUCACACCUAUUUACUCUCAAGAUGCCAGUCUUAUCGUCUCCCUCCUGGACCUUCACCCACCGUCGCCUCGACCACAUUCCGCGAACGAUGAUAGAUUGGAGAUAUUCGAAGCUGGGACGGGCCAUGGGGCUUUGACUCUGCACCUUGCAAGAGCAAUUCAUGCUGGGAAUACUCCCAGUCCUGAUAUACCCGCAGCUACUCCUAUACUCGAGGACGGCAACAAUCCUGAUAAGGACGCUUUGGAUGCUUUUGACCUGUGGAAAAUUUCUCGAAGAGCAGUUAUUCAUACCCUGGACACCAAUAUUGCUCAUUCGCAACACGCCAAGCAGGUAGUCAGAAACUUCCGAAAGGGCAUCUACUUCCCACACAUCGACUUCCACACAGGCACCAUCGAAGAUUACCUCUCCACAAGACUGGAGGAAACUACAGAUAAGCCAUUCUUAGACCACGCAAUUCUUGAUCUUCCUUUAACCCACGACUAUUUCGAAAUCGUAAGCAAGGCUAUAAAGCCUAACGGAACCUUGCUCGCAUUUUGUCCAAGCAUCACACAGAUUAAUGCUUGUGCAUUGCGCUCAAAGCAGCUUAACUUGCCACUCUUCCUGGAAAAGGUUCUUGAAAUCGGUGGAGGAAUAGGGACCGGAGGAAGAGAAUGGGACGUGAGAUUCGUCAAGCCAAGGUCUCAACCAAAAUACGACAUGAAUGAAGCACAAGCUGUGCCUGAGAAUACGAUGGAAGGUGUGGUUGUCGAUAUGGGCUUAACUGAGCCUACUGGCGGUGGAGAAGAUGUGGUAUGCAGACCGAAGGUUGGAUUGAGAGUUGCAGGUGGAGGUUUUGUAGGUGUAUGGCGGCGAAUUGCUUCAAUUUCGGAGCCAACGAUUGUGCGCACGGUAUGCCAGCUGGGUAUUGUGGCCUUCAUGGCCAUCCUAGCCAUAUUUUUUCUUGAUAACCAGUUCCGAGUCCUGCCCUCCGCCAUCCACAACGCUCUGCCAGCACACCACCCUGGCCUCAUCAUUACAGAUAUCACUGUAACCUCCUGCUCGCGCAUCAAUGUCUUCACAUCCUGCAAGCUUGACCCGAAUAUUUGGCAUCGGAUAGAGAAGGAUUUGUACUUGGGUAAGGGAUGGGUCAGCAGCGCAUUCGUGCAUAUUCAGCGCAAGAAGGAGGAGGAGCUGUUGCCCGAAGACCAAGUGAUCGUGGAUGUUACGGUGGGGAGAUUGGAUCCUAGUGCAGGUAUCAAAGGGGAGGGAGACGCGAGAUGGGAGGCCAGGCCAGCUGGAAUUUGGCUGAAACGAUCCGCAGACCGACAUGCUAGCGAUUCUCACCAAGCAGUCACGGCGGUGGAUGUGUUGUUCGGGGCCGAUGCUGUAGACCCGAGAGAGGGGUGGCAGAUGGUUGGGACGCCUAUGCUUCUGGAUACCAGCGGCGAGGGCCACGAGGCGAGGUUGAGCGUAAGAAGAGGCAAGCAGGCCGUUCACCCGAGACCAGUGCCAAGAAUUGGGGAGAAUGGGAAGUUCAAGAUUAUGCAGGUCGCAGAUCUUCACCUGAGCACUGGAACCGGACACUGCAGGGACGAAAUGCCUGUUGGCCAUAAUGGGGGCAAAUGUGAAGCUGAUCCCAGGACUUUGGAAUUUGUGGGGAGACUUCUGGAUGAAGAGAAGCCGGAUUUGGUGGUGUUGAGCGGUGACCAAAUCAACGGAGACACGGCCCCAGAUGCUCAAAGCGCAAUCUUCAAAUACGCUGAGCUUUUUAUCAAACGCAAGAUCCCGUAUGCUACGAUUUUCGGUAACCAUGAUGAUGAGGGCUCCACAUCCCUUCCUCGAGCUGGGCAAAUGUCUCUGAUAGAGUCUCUCCCAUACUCGCUUUCAAUGGCAGGUCCCGAGGACAUCGACGGCGUAGGCAACUACUACAUCGAAGUCCUGGCACAAGGAGGGUCUAAGCACUCAGCUCUUACAGUCUACCUAUUAGACACACAUGCCUACUCUCCCGACGAGCGUAACUUCAAGGGAUACGAUUGGCUGAAGAAGAACCAGAUUGAUUGGUUCAAAGCUACUGCCCAAGGGUUGAAAAAGCAGCAUGCGGGUUAUACUCAUAUCCACAUGAACUUGGCCUUCAUUCAUAUCCCGUUGCCCGAGUACCGGGAUGAUACUCUACCCCGAGUGGGAGCAUGGAGAGAAGGCGUCACAGCUCCGGGUUUCAACUCUGGUUUUAGAGAUGCCUUGGUCGAUGAAGGUGUCGUAAUGGUAUCAUGUGGCCAUGAUCACGCCAACGAGUACUGCUCUUUAACAAGCAACGACUCCAAGCCUCGAAUGUGGAUGUGCUACGCAGGAGGCGCCGGGUUCGGAGGCUACGGGGGCUACGGUGGCUAUCACCGUCGUGUCCGAUUCUUCGAUGUCGAUAUGAACGAGGCUCGGAUCCGUACUUGGAAGCGUGUCGAAUAUGGAGACACGGAGAAGAGGAUUGACGAGCAAAUUAUCGUGGAAGGAGGCCAUGCGAGAGCACUUGAUGCGCCACAGUGA